AACCCAUGACAAUUGCUUGGGUGCUUAGCACUCAGGGCAGCUCAUGGAAGCUCCUUCCCUAGGUAGGUGAGUAGGUACCUAAAUAAGUUUCAUGCUUCCCAUCUUUCUAAUCACUCGAACCGUCAAAUACCCGACGCUUGACGAAAAGCGGCUGCUACCCUAAAGGCAUUCGAUUCUAUAUACCCAGAAAGCAAGAACCAUCCAAAAUGGGUCGCUGGGGUCACUGCCUAUUCGAGGCCGACAAUGAUCAAGACCUUGCAUGUCACCUCGCUGUAGAGAUCACUGGCGCUCAAGAUGGACCCGAAUUCGAAGCCCUCUGUUCCUUCGGGUACGCUGGUAUCGCGGCCGAUGGAAACCAGGUCGUUGACGGGCCAGUCUUGAAACGUAUCCGCCAGAAAUUCGACGCUGGCCUCGGCAACAAACUCAUCGACAAGUAUCGCGCUGUCGCGGUUGGCACUAACGAUUCGUGGGAAAAGCACGAGGCUAAGUACCGUGUCAUCAUUCUGGGUGCACUCAUGAUGGGGACCGGUGCGGAAAUCAGAGACCACGACCUCCAACAUCUCCGCCGGCUUGCUUCCGAGGUUCAGUGCAACGAGAAGUUCACGCUUGCCUUUGCCGAUACGGGUUUCCGUGGCCCAGGGAAGAGACAGUUCCUUGCCGCCUUGGACAAUUACACGCCCGGAACGCCACGCAGUUACAACCAACCAAGUUGCCAUGCCUGUGGCAAGUCAAAGCAGGACACUGGAAAGGCCCCCUUGAAGUGUAGUGGUUGUUCGAAGGGCUGGUUUUGCGACAAGGACUGUCAGCGAAGUCUGUGGAGUGUCCACAAGCAGAAUUGCCGAAAGGCUUUGAAUCGCGGAGGCGCCUUUGUGAUGUUGAAUGUUUAGGAAGGGUUGAGCCCGUGCACCUGGGGUCAUGCUUGAAUUGCCCGAUUGGGCAAAGUGUUUUUUAUUUCUUUUAUUUUAAUUCGGACCCACGGGCUGCUGUUCUCAUUUGUCAUUUGCGGCUGAUCCUCAUGAGUCCUUCACAACCCAAACUUCAGUAACCCACCGACAGCCGGGGCAAUUGUUCUCGAGGCAACACCACGCGAUCUUCAAAGGU